AUGAGAGUUCACACUGGAGAGCAGCUGUUCACAUGCCAACACUGUGGAAAGUGUUUCACACUAAAAGCAAACCUUAAACAACACAUGAAAAUUCACACCGGAGAGAAGCCGUUCACAUGCCAACACUGUGGAAAGAGUUUCACACUAAAAGCAAACCUUAAACAACACAUGAAAAUUCACACCGGAGAGAAGCCGUUCACAUGCCAACACUGUGGAAAGAGUUUCACACUAAAAGCAAACCUUAAACAACACAUGAGAAUUCACACCGGAGAAAAGCCGUUCACAUGCCAACACUGCGGAAAGAGCUUUGUUACAAAAGGAACCCUUAAUCAACACAUAACCAUUCAUUCAGAGAAGCCAUUCCCAUGUGAUCAGUGUGGAAGGAGUUACAAAUAUGAAGAAAGCCUCAAAUCCCACAUGAGAGUUCACACUGGAGAGAAGUCGUUCGCACGUGAUCUGUCUGGACAUGGCUACAAAUACAUUGAAACCCUUAAUUCCCACACGAAGAGUGAACAUUCAAGAGAGAACGGUUUUGUGUGUCAUCAGUGUGGAGAGAGUUUCAGCUGUAAAGUAAGCCUCUAUACUCAUGUGAGACUUCAUACUACAGAGAAGGCUUUCACCUGCAAACUGUGUGGGGAUAGCUUCUCACAAAAUGGAAAUCUUAAGUCACACAUGAGAAUUCACACCAGAGAGAAGCAUUUAGUGUGUAAAGAGUUUCAGACGACACAGAAAUCCUCCUGGAGAAGCGAGAUGGCGUUCAUUAAACAGGAGAGUGAAGACCUGAGGAUUGUAGAAGUAUUCAGCUUGAAGCACGAAGACAUUGAGGAACAAACAGACCUGAUGGCAAUAAAAGAAGAGAGUCAAGAACUGAAAGAAACAGAAGAGAAAGAUCAAAAUGAGAGACAUGAUUUCUUUGUUGUAGAAAAAUCCAUACCGACUGAAACAAAUUCAGUUCAGAAGACCAAACCUCCCAGUUACUUAACUUGCCAUGAAUGUGGAAAGUGUUUCACAUUAAAAGUAAGCCUUAAUGAACACAUGAAAAUUCACACUAGAGAGAAGCCGUUCACAUGCCAACACUGUGGAAAGAGUUUCACACUAAAAGGAAGCCUUAAUGAACAUGUAAUCAUUCACACUGGAGAGAAGCCGUUCACAUGUGAUCAGUGUGGAAAGUGUUUCACUAAAAAAGGAAAUCUUAAUAAACAUAUAACCAUUCACACUGGAGGGAAACCGUUCACAUGUGAUCACUGUGGAAAGAGUUUCAGAUAUAAAGAAACUCUUAGUUCCCACAUGAGAGUUCACACUGGAGAGAAGCCGUUCACUUGUGAUCAGUGUGGAAAGCGUUUCGCUAAAAAAGCAAACCUUAAACAACACAUGAGAGUUCACACCGGAGAGAAGCCGUUUGCAUGCCAACACUGCGGAAAGAGUUUCGAUACAAAAGGAACCUUUAAUCAACACAUAACCAUUCAUUCAGGGAAGCCAUGCACAUGUGAUCAGUGUGGAAGGAGUUACAAAUAUGAAGAAAGCCUCAAGUCCCGCAUGAGAGUUCACACUGGAGAGAAGAGUGAACAUUCAAGAGAGAGCAGUUUUGUGUGUCAUCAGUGUGGAGAGAGUUUCAGCUGUAAAGUAAGCCUCUAUACUCAUGUGAGACUUCAUACAACAGAGAAGGCUUUCACCUGCAAACUGUGUGGGGAUAGCUUUUUACAAAAUGGAAAUCUUAAGUCACACAUGAGAAUUCACACUAGAGAGAAGCGAUUAGUGUGAAAAGAGUUUCAGACGUAACCCUUGAUUCACACAUGAAAAGUACUUGCAACUGUAAACUGUGUGGGAUCAUAGAAACCUGUUAUUAAUUCACUACUAUAAAGUGACAACUGGAGAUGUUUUUUUUAAAUGGCUCCAGAAAAUCGGCAACUCUGUGAAAUGAAGGAAUCUAAAAAACUAGUAUGUCUUGCAAUGCAUUUGAUUCUAGCAUUACAUUUCCGCAACAAUUUCCAAGCUAUAUUUACUCCACUUAAAUUACUAUCCAAAACACAGCCAAUAUAAUUGACCGAUGUUCUAAUUAACCAAUGUUCUAUUUGCUCUGACAUAACCAUCAACUUAGACCGCUAAAUCCUUUGCCUUACACAAUUUAUAAUUUGACCCAAAAAGAAUGGAUUCUGAUUUACAAGCUACGCAAUAUCACGUUCAUAAUCGAAGGCGAGCUUGUCAGU